AUAUCAAACUCAAUUGAUGCCAUUAAUGAUCUCUUUAACAAUGAAGAUAUCAACGAUAAACUAGAGCUAAGCAUUGUUCAAACAAUCAUGUCCAUAAUAUUAAACUCAAAAAAACCAAUUCAUGGAGUCAAAUUAUUGAAUUCAAUACGAUUGAUUUAUAAUAUCUACGUUGUAAGUAUUGUUCCUAUGAACCAACAAAUUUGUGAAGCGAGUUUAAAUCAAAUUAUUGAUUUUAUUUAUGAUAAAGUCGACAAAAUAAAUGAAAACUACUCAUUAACUGCUUCAUCAGUUCCUAUAACAACUUCAAACUCUCACUCAAACUCAAAUUUAAGCUCUUUCUCUUCUGCUAAUCUUGAAUCUCAACCAAAAGUUACUUUGGCUAACCUUGAAAACUUAAAUGAAAUCGAUGACAAAAAAUUCGACGAAUCUACCUCAAACUUAACAAAUAACAAUGAAGAUGACCUAAUCAUCAAAGAUGCAUUUUUAAUCUUUAGAACCAUGUCAAAGAUUUCUUCAAAGCAAUUAGAUUCUUCAACUCUUGAUCCAAGGUCUCAACCUGUUAGAUCAAAACUAUUGGGCUUGAAGAUAAUUCACUCAAUUUUAAACAACCACAUUGACAUAUUUUUAUCAAAUAAAAUUUAUUUACUAUCAAAUUCUACAAACGAAAAAACAAAAUUAAUAGAUGCAGUAAGAAAUUACCUCCUAUUAACCAUUUUUAAAAACUCAGUUUACCGUAUCAAUAAAGUCUUUGAGAUUACUUUGAAUAUUUUUUUUAUCAUGGUGAUAAAUUUAAGAGCCGUCUUUAAACAGGAGAUUUCCUUGAUAAUCAGUGAAGUUUAUUUCAACUUGGUUUUAAUUUCCUCAUCAACUAAAUUUCAAAAAGAUGAAUUUUUAAGAUUUAUUUACCGGAUUGGCAAUGACCCAAGAUGUUUAAUUGAAUUUUAUAUUAAUUAUGACUGUGAUGCUAGCUACCCCAACAUUGUUGAAAGAAUUACAAACUAUCUUGUUAAAACAGAAAAUGUCCAUUACAGAGAGUCUUUAGCUAGACAAAGAAACGCAAAUUCAAACAGUGAUGCAUUUCAUUAUGAUACUUCGGCCUUAAAUUGCAUUGUUGGAAUGUUGAGAUCAUUAGCUACAUGGGCAUCAAAGGCCACCAUUCCCCCAAAGGCUAGAAAUUCAAGUAUAUCAAGCGUCACGAACAAUAAUAGAAAACGUUCAAAUACAAAUGGCUCAUCAUUAAGCUACAAUACAACAUCAAAAAACCCUCCUUUAACUCCCCUUGAAUCCUCAUUUGGAUUUCCUGAGAAUUUAAACCAAAGCAACUUGAGUUUUUCAGAUUCAACUGAUGCAUUGGCAAAAGAAAAUGAUGACCCCAAUUCAUUUGGAUAUCUCAAACAAAGGAAAACUGCGUUAUAUGAGGGUAUCAGGUCAUUUAAUUACAAGCCGUCAAGAGGUAUUACCAGAUUAAUUGCUGAUGGAUUUAUUUCAUCAGAAAGUGCUGUUGAUAUUGCCAAAUUUUUAUUAUUAAACAAUAACAAAGGCAUUGAUAAAAAAGUACUUGGCGAAUAUUUAGGAGAAGGAGAAGACUUUAACAUUGAAGUAAUGCAUGAAUUUGUAGAUUUAAUGAAUUUUAAAAAUCUUAGAUUUAUUGAUGCAAUAAGGUUUUUUUUGCAAAGUUUUAGGUUACCAGGUGAGGCUCAAAAAAUAGAUAGAUUUAUGUUAAAAUUUGCAGAAAGAUAUCAUGAAAAUAACCCAAACAUAUUUGCAAAUGCUGUUACUCCUUAUAUUUUGUCUUACUCUGUUAUCUUGCUUAAUACGGACAUGUAUAAUCUGCAAGUUAAAGUGAAAAUGAACAAUCAAGAUUUUAUUAAAAAUAAUUCAGGUAUUGAUGAUGGAAAAGACUUGCCUGUUGAAUUCUUAAACAACAUUUAUAAUGAUAUUGCAAAAAAUGAAAUUAAACUAGUUAGUGAGCACCAAGAGGCAUUGUUUAAGAAUAAUGAUAGAUCAUUACCACAAAUCAAUACAUUUUCCUCUUUGUUUGGAAAUAAAGAAGCGGCUGAAAAUGAGUCCUAUAAUUUAAUUACAAAAGAAAUAUCAACUAAAACUGAAAAACUUUUUAAAAAUCUUGACAAACAAAACAGAAUAAAUCGAGGAAUUGAGAAACCCGAAAACGAAAAUAACUAUUCAUUGAUAGUUUCAUUUGGAAAUAAUACUACGUCUAAUAACAAGUUUUUUUCGGCAUCCCAUAUUGAACACGUCAAAUCGAUAUUUGAAACUUUAUGGAUGUCAUUUUUAGGUGCUUUAACUCCCCCCUUUAAGGAAUAUGAUGAUGAUGAUAUUUCUCAAAUUUGUUUAGAAGGAAUUAAACUUUCCAUUAAAAUUUCGUGUAUUUUUGACAUUGAUUAUGCUAGAGCUUCAUUUGUAAAUGCGUUGAUUCAGUUUACAAAUCUUCAAAAUUUGGAAGAAAUAAAAGAGAAAAAUAUUAAAGCAAUCAAAAUCUUGCUAGAUAUUUGCAUUAGUGAUGGAAACAAUCUUAAAUCAACAUGGAAAGAAAUAAUAUUUUGCAUUUCUCAAUUGGAAAGAUUGCAAUUAAUUGCUCAGGGUAUUGAACCUAACAAUAUACCCGAUGUGUCAAAUGUGAGAUUUGCUAGCAGAAGUUCAAUCGAAAGCACAAGAUCUACAGCUACGGCCUUUUCCAAUGGAAAAUUAUUUAGUUUUCUUAAUUCAAAGAAAGAUCCUUCUGAGCUUGCUCAAUUGCAUCAUCAAAAUCAAAAAUUAAAUCCUGAUAUGGUAAAUUUGGUCAGGUCUAGUGAGAUUACAGUUGGUAUUGAUAGAGUCUUUUCUAAUAGUGCAAUCCUCACAAGUGGUAUUUUUGAUUUUGUUUCUGCUUUAUCAGAAGUUGCUAAUGAAGAAAUUGAAAGUUCUGGGAGCUCUGGAAAUCCUAGAAUUUUUGCACUUCAAAAAAUGGUUGAUGUCUGUUACUAUUCUAUGGAUAGAAUUCGAUUGGAAUGGUCUCAAUUGUGGGCAAUAAUGGAAAAAACAUUUAAUACUAUAGGUUCUAGUCCUAAUCAACAUGUUGUCAUUUUUGCGUUAGACUCGCUUAAACAGCUAUCUAUGAGGUUUUUAGAUAUUGAAGAGUUGGCUCACUUCAAGUUUCAAAAAGAGUUUUUAAAGAGCUUUGGGGUAAUAAUAAGAGAAAAUGAGGACAUUGAGAUUCAACAGUUAAUUUUGGAUAUCAUUCAAAACAUGAUUGAUUCUAAGGCUAAAAAAAUAAAGUCUGGAUGGUUUUCAAUAUUUAAUGUUUUAAAAAUCACAUCUAAUAAUGUGAAUGAAGAUAUAAUUUGGAAAAGUUACAAGUUGCUUAAUAAGAUUAGUAAAAAUUAUUUAGUUGGUGUAUAUUAUCAGGAGAGUUUUGAAGGAUUUGUUGAUUGUUUAGUGACAUUGGCUGAAAAUGAGAGAUUUCAAAAGAUAAGUUUACAUGCUAUUGAAGAUAUGAAAUUAUUGAUUAGAAAAAUUUCUUCAUUAACAGAAAACGGGUCUGCAUUACUUGGCGAGGAGAAUGAAUAUGAAAUUAAUUCUGAGGUGCCUCAAACAUUAAAGAAGGAUGAUUCAUUUAAAUCAAUUCAAAAGAAGCUUUGGUUUCCGAUACUAUUUGGAUUGCAUGAUGUUAUUAUGAAAUCAGAAGACCUUGAGGUUCGAUCUAGAGCUCUUAACUAUUUGUUUGAUUCAUUGGUUUCGUAUGGAUCAGCUUUUAGUAUUGAAUUUUGGGAUGAUGUUUGCAAAAAAUUACUUUUUCCGAUAUUUGGGGUUUUAAGUAAACAUUGGGAGUUGAGUCAUUCUGGAAGUCAUGAUGAUUUAUCAGUAUGGUUGUCAACCACACUAAUUCAGGCAUUGAGAAAUAUGAUUGCCUUAUUUACACAUUUUGACAAUUUGUUGCAUUUGUUGGAUGAAUAUUUGCUGUUGUUAGAAUCCUGUAUUCUUCAAGAAAACGAUACGAUUUCGAGAAUUGGGCGAUCAUGUUUGCAGCAAUUAAUUUUGCAAAACAUGAGUAAAUUUGAUGGUGAACAUUGGGAUAAAAUAUUGAUAUGCUUCAAACAUUUGUUCAAGUUGACUACUGCAAUUGAAUUGUUUAAGGCCGACCCAUUAAAACAAUCCGCUGAACAGGGAGCGAACAAUAAAAACGGGAAAACUGUUGAUGACGUUGUUCGUAAGAAGGCAAAGGAAAAAAGCACUAUUGUUGUGAAAUGCGUGUUGCAGUUGUUAGUGAUUGAGACUGUUUCUGAAUUAUUUGAGGAUGAAACGUUUUACGAUUUGAUUCCCACCGAUAACUUACUACAGUUAAGUCAGUGUUUGAAAGAGAGUUACAGAUUUUCGAGAAAAUUUAAUGACGAUUACAAUUUACGGGUAAGGUUAUGGAACUCUGGAGUGAUUGAAAGGUUGCCUAAUUUAUUAAGACAGGAGUCGUCAUCGUCGGCUGUUUUUGUAAAUAUAAUGUUCAGGCUAAUAAUCGAUAAAGAAAAGGCUACCAAGAACCAAAAAGAUUUGAUGCUAAAGGAGUUAAUACCUCUAUGUGUUGCCAUUGUUCAAAAAUAUAUUGAGCUAGACGAUGUGUCGCAGCAAAGAAACAUCAAUACCUGGCGACCUGUUGUUGUUGAGAUUCUACAAGGCUACUACGAGCUAGAUGACGACGACUUCAUCACCAACUGUCCUGUUGUGUACGAGUUGGUGUUGAACAUCCUUGACAAGGCGUUGCCCACCGAAAUGCGUUCUGUGAUCAAGUCCUUCUUGACACGAGUAGGAGAGGUGUAUUUG